AACCCUAUUUGCGGUAUAUUGCCUUUCCCGUAAUUAUUUGUUGCUGUUUUUCGUCGUUUACAUCAAAAUGUAAAUCCUCCUUAGUCUUCUUAUCCCUCAAUUCUAUGUGAUGACUACGAGAUUGGUAACGUCACGAGGUCAACAAACUUUGCCAUCUGCCAAUCUUCUGGGGGUGUUGGAUGGGAUAUUGAUUCAACCAAGUCAUGUCUGUCUCUGGUUUUGUGAGUACGAGAUUUGAAGAUACAUAUUGAGCAAUGGAGCAGGAUCGGGUCCAGGACCGCCUGAAACGAUGGGCGAAUGCUCUGGUGAGGGUCCCGGCUGUCUUCUUGUUGGAAAUACUGUAUCGUGUUGAUCUUGUCGACGUGUUGCAGGCGGAGGCGGAAGUUGUGAAAUGGACCUUCAUCGAUAUCAGCUACGUGGCAACAGUUAUGAAAAUUCUUGGUUACUUGUCAGCUUUCAUGGCUCAGAUUUUAUCAUUCCAACAAUUAUUAAAUCUAUAUGCAUACAUGUUUACUGGUGUACUUCUGAUUGGUGCUCAUUAUCUCUCCAAUAAUUACAUUCAAAUGGAAUUGGAGUCAGGUUACCAUGGUUUCAUCUUUACUGAUGUAGACUGCUCACAGAGAUGGAUCAAGUUCACUAUGGCUCAACUCUGUAUCAUUUUAUCCUGCACCCAGUUAAUGAGUUGUGAGAAGUACUGGACGUUCACAGCAUAUCUACUACCGCUUAUCUUGAGAGCGGCUUCAAUCAUCCCACUUUCGGAGCUACGCACUGUUCACACGUUUGCUAUGGCUUUCACAACUCUACAACUAACUUUCUUUAUGAUCAAGUAUAUUUUUAUUCCAUAUGACCUUGCUAUGGCAGGAUACCAUACACUACAGGAGUACAUGGAAAUCUAUGGGUUCGUCAGUGUCGUUCUUGCCAUGUAUAGCCGUUUGUUUGUCCCCAUUGUUUAUCUCAUUUUCUGGCUCAUUUUGUUCUGCAUCCAGCUUUACUCGUACUUCUCGAACAAAAGUCAUCCCAUAUUUAAUGAAAACUGGGUGAUUGUCUUACUUGCUGCCAUUGCUGAUUGCUGUGACACCCCCUGGAGCUUGGUGGGUUUGUGUUAUACUGUGUCAUAUGUGGCGUAUUUCAUACUGACGAUGUGUAAAGUGUACUUGCAGGGGAUAGAAGGAUUCGUAAAUCAUAACAUGCUACAUAGGGGCUGGACUGAAGGCAUCACAUUGCUGCUAUUGUCGCUGCAGACGGGAUUGCUGGAAAUGAAACGCGUACAGAGAAUUUUUCUCCUUAGUAUUGUACUUUUUGUGGUUUUCGCCUCAACUGUACAAUCUAUGCAUGAAAUCACUGAUCCGAUAUUGAUGUCACUGACAGCCGCACAUAACCGCAAUCCAAUCCGCCAUUUACGCGUGCUCACUAUGUGUGUUUUCUUGUUUGUGUUUCCAUUGUACAUGACGUACUUGGUGUGUACGUUCUUUGACCCCGAGUUCUGGUUACUCAUAAUCGUUUCAAGCUGUAUACUCACGUCCAUUCAAGUACUCGCUUCAACUGUGACAUAUGCGCUUUUUAUGAUUGACAGUCAUCGCCGAGAACCCUGGGAGAAUUUAGAUGACAUUGUGUACGCCAUUAAGGGAUUUUGCAGGAUUUUAGAAUUUUUAGUCGCAAUUUCUGUUUUGUUGUACGGUGGGAUGGAAUCAUUUUAUAGCGAGUACAGUAUGAUUGGAGCAGCUGUUAUCAUUGUUCAUUGUUAUUUCAACGUCUGGCAGCGGGCACAAAUGGGAUGGACAAGUUUCCUGUCACGCAGAGAUGCAAUGAGGAGAGUCAGUUCGUUGCCACUGGCAACCCAGGAGCAACUAGAUCAACAUAAUGAUGUUUGUGCAAUAUGUUUUGAGGAAUUGUUAAAUGCAAGAGUCACUCCAUGCGGCCAUUAUUUCCAUCCAUUGUGUUUGCGAAAAUGGCUCUAUGUGCAAAAUAAAUGCCCUCUUUGCCACCGACCUAUUGUUGGGGUGCAACUCAAUGAAACUACUCCUGGAGAAGAAAAUUUAUACAAUGCCGAAAACUUGCACUUUGAAGAUGUGGUUAGAAAUGUGGAUGAUGUUGUUGGUAACCAUGGUGAACGCUGAGUUUUUUAUUAUUGCAUAUCAGAAUAUUGAAAGACAUAUCUAAAAGUAACAUUUUACUGUAUAUUUUUUCUUGUACUGCAUAAACAUGACCAACAAAUUAAAGGAUUUCACAUAAUAUGAAAGCUAGUAAAUUGCCAAUACUAUGCGCUGCAAAUAGUCAAAACUCAUUCUUGUUGAUCCAUCAAUAAUACAUAAAGCCUUGAGAUGAAUCUGCCUGAUCAAGUCUUUACAUAUGUGUAUCAAUCAAAAAUAUUCCAUGUUUUCACAGAUUUGGACGCAUUGUCUGAAUGACACACCCACCAUGGAUUUUUCACUUCAAGGAAUUCAGGACAUUUUUAUGUAGAAAAUUAACUAUGAACAUGAUUUUUAAUGCUGGUUUCUUGUCUACACAUACCUGAAUUACAAGCGUCAUGCUAAACAAGUUUGAUUCUGUUCUUAAUACCGGUAAUAUAUGAAGUAUUCUGUGCAUAUUCAAUUAGAUUGUUAUUGUUGAAACUAAGGACUCUACUAUGAUGGACAUGUUUGAGUAAAGUGAUGGGCUAGUCCAUCUCUUGCCCAAUAAUGUGUACAUCCCUGUCCUUGCCAUUUUAUCACACAAUUAUGGGAAGUGUGUCCUCUUUAUUCCAUGCUGUUGUGGUUUUACUAGAUAAGAACUCUAAUGUGUGCGAGAUUCCACAUGAAUAUUGAGAUAGCCAAAACUUGCCAGUACAUGUAUGGACCCCUUAUUAUUAAGAUCUAAUAUCAGCAACAAUAGGUUAACUUUAUUGUAUAGAGACAGACAAUUUAGUCUGUGGACUUUGGAAGUGAUUUAUGCAAAUCAGGUAAUCUGGUUAAAUUAGAUUGUCACACUGCUGUACAUUGAUAGUGUGAUCUUGUUGUCGUAUGUAUGGAAGUCAACAACUAACUGUC